AUGGAAAUCGGAAACUUGAGCCGUUUGAUAGCAUUUUACCUUGCGAAUAAUGAUUUGGUUGGACCUAUUCCAUCACUUGGAAGAUUACAGCAGCUUGAAGGUUUGAGUCUAUAUGGAAAUAAACUCCAGGGAUCGAUCCCAAAUGACCUUUGUGAGCUAAAGAUGCUGUAUAACCUAUCACUACAUAGUAACCUGCUUGAUGGAUCAUUGCCAGCAUGCUUCGAUAAUUUGACUUCUUUAAGAUAUUUGAGCUUAGGUUCCAACAAACUAAGUUCCAACUUUCCCUCAACCUUGUGGAGACUUUCAAAUAUGUUGCAAGUUGAUUUGUCAUCAAAUUUUUUCAGUGGCCCUCUCCCAUUAGAUGUUGGGAAUUUAAAGGUUGUGAUCAGCAUGGAUAUUUCUAGGAAUCGGCUGUCAGGUAACCUGCCAAGCACCAUCAAUGGGGAUCUCAAUGGUCUGACUUAUCUAUCAUUCGCGGAAAAUGCAUUACAAGGCCAUAUUCCAGAAUCGUUGGGUCAGUUAACGAGCUUGGAAUUCUUGGAUCUCUCCAGGAACAACAUCUCCGGAGUGAUUCCGAAGUCCAUGGAGGCACUGUCCCAUCUCAAAUACUUGAACGUUUCUUUCAACAGGCUCGAGGGCCAAAUCCCAACAGGAGGACCGUUUCGGAACUUAUCAGCCGAAUCAUUUGAGUGGAACAAAGCUCUUUGUGGUGUGCCUCAAUUGCAGGUGCCACCAUGCGAAGAUAGCUCCCACCAUGGACCAAAGGUGUCAGUUCUUGUGCUAAAAUACAUCUUUCCAGUUAUAGCAGCAAUAUUGUUAGCGACACUUGUUAUUAUCCUUGUGAGACGCCAUAAGUGGAAAGGAAAUAAACAGAAUCGGGAAACUCCAUUGCCUCUGGCAACAUGGAGAAGAAUUUCUUACCAUCAGCUCCGAGUUGCAACUGAUGGAUUCAGUGAAAGUGCUGGUAAUUUUGGUUCAGUUUAUAAAGCCACACUUUCAGAUGCCAUAACAGUUGCAGUAAAAGUUUUCAACCUGCAUAUAGAUGGAGCAUUUCGGAGUUUUGACUCAGAGUGUGAAGUAAUGAGGUCUAUUCGCCAUCGAAAUCUCGUUAAAAUCAUUAGCAGUUGUUCUAACGAGGAUUUCAAAGCUUUGGUACUCGAGUUCAUGCCGAAUGGGAGCCUUGAAAAGUGGUUGUAUUCUCGUACUUCCACUUUAAAUAUUCUACAAAAACUGGACAUAAUGAUCGAUGUUGCAUCGGCUCUGGAACAUCUUCACCAUGGACUUCAAACACCAGUGAUCCACUGUGAUUUGAAGCCUGCAAAUGUCUUACUUGAUGAAGACAUGGUGGCUCAUGUGAGUGACUUCGGGAUUGCCAAGCUCUUAGGAGAAGGAGAAACCAUGAAACAAACCAUGACAAUGGCAACCAUUGGUUACAUGGCACCAGAAUAUGGGACAUCAGGGAUCGUUUCUACUGGAGGUGAUGUCUACAGUUUCGGCAUACUACUUAUGGAGAUUUUGACACGAAAGAAGCCUACGGAUGAAAUGUUUACAAGCGAAAUGAGCUUGAAGCAUUUCUUGAAGGAGUCAUUGUUUCAUUCAGUAACGAAAGUAAUCGAUGCGACUAUACUCCAGGAAGGGGAGGUACAUUAUACUGCUAAAAUCAAUUGCAUUUCGUCUGUGAUAGAAUUGGCCUUAGAUUGUUCAGCAGAGUUACCAAGCGGAAGGAAAAACAUGGUGGAUGUCGUGGCCGAACUCAAAAAGAUCAAAACAAGGUAUCUAAAAGAUGCCCGAACACGGUAGAUGAGUUAUGAGAAGCCCCUGCUUGAACAAAGUAUCUAAAAACUAUUAAAUAAAGAUCAUUGUUGC